UUCAUUUUAAUAUCAUCAGUAUCCCUAGUCGACGGAAGCAGAAACAUCUUUAUACUCUCUCUCUCUUCAUUCUCUGCUAUCGAAAAGCAUUCGACUGCUGCCGUCGGCUGCCCUAGAUAGUAGAAACCGCGAACCCAUUUACUCUAUUGGAGCAGGAUUUGGGAAUAGCCAAGAUGUCUCGAAAAGGGUUGAUGGAGCAGGACUUGAGCAAGCUGGAUGUGGCACAACUACAUCCACUCUCACCGGAAGUCAUUUCACGUCAAGCGACAAUAAAUAUAGGUACUAUUGGUCAUGUGGCUCAUGGAAAAUCAACAGUUGUAAAAGCCAUAUCUGGUGUUCAGACUGUACGUUUUAAAAAUGAGCUGGAGCGCAACAUUACUAUUAAGCUUGGAUAUGCUAAUGCAAAAAUAUACAAAUGUGAAGAUGAACGCUGCCCCCGCCCCAUGUGCUACAAGGCAUAUGGAAGUGGUAAAGAAGACAGUCCAAUGUGUGAUGUGCCAGGGUUCGAGAAUGGUAGGAUGAAAUUGCUGAGGCAUGUAUCAUUUGUUGAUUGCCCGGGUCAUGAUAUUCUCAUGGCUACGAUGCUUAAUGGAGCAGCAAUUAUGGAUGGAGCACUACUUCUUAUAGCUGCUAAUGAAAGUUGUCCACAACCUCAAACUUCUGAGCACUUAGCUGCUGUUGAAAUAAUGCGGCUUCAACAUAUAAUAAUUCUCCAAAAUAAGGUUGAUCUUAUUCAGGAAAAUGUUGCUAUCAACCAGCAUGAAGCGAUUCAGAAAUUCAUUGAGGGGACUGUUGCUGAUGGUGCCCCAGUGAUCCCAGUUUCUGCACAGCUUAAGUAUAAUAUUGACGUUGUGUGCGAGUAUAUUGUGAAAAAGAUACCCAUUCCAGAAAGGAACUUCAUCUCACCUCCUAACAUGAUCGUAAUCCGGUCUUUUGACGUCAAUAAACCUGGGUUUGAGGUUGAUGAAAUCAGAGGCGGUGUUGCGGGUGGAAGUAUUCUUAAAGGUGUUCUCAGGGUAAAUCAAUUCAUUGAGGUUCGUCCUGGGAUUGUAGUUAAAGAUGAGAGUGGCAACAUUAAAUGCACACCGAUAUACUCUAGGAUAGUUUCAUUGUAUGCAGAGCAAAAUGAACUACAGUUUGCUGUACCUGGAGGUCUCAUUGGAGUCGGCACAACUAUGGACCCUACUUUAACACGUGCUGAUAGAUUGGUUGGUCAGGUUCUUGGUGAGGUUGGGUCACUCCCUGAAGUUUUUGUUGAACUAGAGGUGAAUUUUUUCUUGUUGAGAAGGCUUCUGGGUGUAAGGACAAAGGGCACCGAGAAGCAGGGAAAGGUUUCAAAGCUAGCAAAGGCAGAGAUCCUUAUGUUGAACAUAGGUUCAAUGUCAACCGGUGCUAGAGUUGUUGCUGUGAAAAAUGAUUUGGCGAAAUUGCAACUCACCUCUCCAGUUUGCACCAGCAGAGGCGAGAAAAUAGCUCUUAGCAGGCGAGUCGAGAAGCACUGGCGUCUGAUUGGGUGGGGUCAGAUUCAAGCUGGUAUCACGCUUGAUGUUCCCCCUUGCCCAAUUUGAUUGAAUUCCACUUGCAAAUAGAAUUCAGAAGGGAAAAGAAUACGAAGAGAGAAUUGGUUUAGAUAAUGUGGGAGGGUAGAAAACUGUUGGGUACAAUUUUUGCGAGAUGGAGAAGAAAACAUUUUUGGUGUUGGAUGCUUUAUGAAUUGUUUGUGACGGUGUUGUUUCGACUUAAUAUUUUUGCAGUAUGGUUGGACUUAGGCGGAUACUGUAGUUGCAUCUGUUGAGUGUUUUGGAUCUCGUCACUUUCGGUACAAGUUUCUGAUCGUAAUUCAUCCGUUUGAUCAAUUAUUUACAUUUUGCUUAA